CAAAACAAUUUGUAUUUAUUUAAUAAUUUGUUAAUAAAAAAAGCUAUUAAAAAUGACAAAAUUAUUGGUAACAUUGGCAAUUAUCUGUGCUUUUGGCGCUGUCACUGUUAAGGGAUUCGAUAAGAAGGCAGCAAUAGCAGAAUUCAUGACUUUUACGGAUGAUUGCAAAGGAGAAGUUGAUGCCAAGGAUUCCGAUGUUGAGGAAUUAAUGGGUAAAAAACCUGCCUCUACAAUGGAAGGUAAAUGUUUACGUUCCUGUCUCAUGAAAAAAUACGAAGUAAUGGAUAAUAAUGGUAAGUUCCUUAAGGAUAUCGCCUUAACACAUGCCCGCAAAUACACCGAUGCCUCAGAGGAAAAAAUUAAAAUUGCUCAAGAAAUAAUUGAUGCAUGUGGUGCUAUUGCAGUGGCUGAUGAUCAUUGUGAAGCUGCCGAACAGUAUGCCAAAUGUUUUAGUGAUCAAGCCAAGGCUCAUAAUGUUCAAGAUGAUUUUGAUUAUUAAAAAAAAUUUUAGGAAAUUGUCAACAAUGACAAAGUGAGAUUUUUGAUUUAAAUAAGUUUAUGUAAUAUUUUUCUGGAAAUAUUUAUCAAAAGUAAUAUAAAUAACCCUAAAACUAAUAUAUCGUCACCUAAAAUGCAAAAGGGCUGUAACAAGC